AUGGAGUUGCCCCUAAAUGCUGAUCUUAGGUACGGCUAGGUUUUGUGUUUCAUCACAUAAUGGUUGAGGUUAGCUUUUGGGCAAGGUAAGAUGAUCCUAGAUCUGUGCUCAGGAGCUGAAGAGAACCUCUGAGAUUUAGUUGUCUCUCUCUUUCCUUCUCCCACCCCCAUCUCUGCUCACACACACACACGCACACGCACACAAAUACCCUCAACCCCCCUGCUCCCCCUCCAGGUGGCGUGUUCUCCAGGCAGGCCGAGGUGACCUUCUUACCGGGCAACGAGAGGCUGACUAUCAAGCAGGAGUCAAUUCCAUUUCAAUUGAGUCAAUUCAGGAAGUAAACUAAAAUUAUUUUGAUCUCCUGAAUUUAAAUGGAAUUGACCCCAAUCCUGGAACUCGACACUGUCACAGUUUGUAGUACAUCAAAUCACAUAAGAAAGGUCAGCAUUCAUCCCAAUGUUGUUAUUACUCAAAGUGCUCUUACGUGCGACCAGAUAGAAGUCUAUCCUAUUCUUUUCACGAGACACAUAGUCUUAGAAACACUUUUGGCAGCAAUUACAGCUGCGAGUCUUCUUGGGUAAAUGCUCUAAGAGCUCUGCACACCUGGAUUGUUGCAAUAUUUGCCCAUUAUUCUUUUAAAAAUUCUUCAAGCUCUGUCAAGGUGUCGACAGAAAUAUUCAAGUCUUGCCAUAGAUUUUCAAGCAGAUUUAAGUCAAAACUGUAACUUGGUAAGCAACUCCAGUGCAGAUUUGGUCUCCUCUAGGAUUUUGCCUGUGAUUAGCUCCAUCCCGUUUCUAUUUAUCCUGAAAAACUCCAGUCUUUGCCUCAAGCAUACCCAUACCAUGAUGCAGCCACCACUAUGCUUGACAAUAAGGAGGCAAAUACUCAGUGAUGUGUUGUGUUAGAUUUGCCCCAAACAUAAGGCUUUCCAUUUAGGCCAAAAAGUGUAUUCCUUUGUGUGGUUUUAUUGCAGUAGUUUUUUUUGCCUGGUUGCAUACAGGAUGCAUGUUUUGGACUAUUCUGUAUAUAUUCUGCAAAUGUUUAUUCUUCAUUUAGGUCAUUAUUGUGGAGUUACUACAAUGUUGUUGCUCCAUCCUCAGUUUUCUCCCAUCACAGCCAUUUAACUCUGUAACGGUUUUAAAAUCACCAAUGGCCUCAUGGUGAAAUCCCUGAGCAGUUUCCUUCCUGUCCUGCAGCUAAGUUCAGAAGGACGACUGUCUGGGUGGUUCAAUACAUCAUCCACAGCAUAAUUAUUAACUAGACCAUGCUUAAAGAGAUAUUCAAUGACUGAUUUGUGAUUGUUACCCAUCUACCAAUCACUGCCCUUCUUUAUAAGGCUUUGGAAAAGCUAUCUGGUCUUUGUAGUUGAAUCUGUGCUUGAAAUUCAACACUUGACUGUGGGACCUUACAGAUAUUGUAUGUAUGGGUAAAAUAUUCACGUCAACCCGUAUUAUUUCACACAAUGUGAUUUGUUAAGCCAAAUUUGACUCCUGAACUAAUUUAGGCUUGCCUAAACAAAAACGGUGAAAUCUUAUGCAACAACUAUAUUCUAGUUAUAGAAUUUGUAUUAAUUUGAAAACAUUUGUUGAAUUUUCUUUUCACUUUGACAUUAUGGACUAUUUUGUCUAGAUCAAUGACAACACAUCCAAAUGAAAUAUUUUUAAAUCCCACUUUGUAACGCAACAAACUGUCAAAAAAAGCCAAGGGGGUGAAUACUUAUGAUACCAACUGUAUAUGGAUGUUCAAUGUAGUAACACUCCAUUUCUUCAGUGAUCACUUCCUCCUCCAACCGCGACUACACCGUGAGCCUACCGGACGGCAGCGUCCAGACCAAGACCUACCAGUGGCGUCAGACCAUCACCUACCAGAGCUGUCCCCAUGACGAGGCGGUCAGGGCCGUGCAGCCUACCCAGCAGCUCAGCGUCGACCAGAUCUUCGUCAUGUACGACUCGGGCAACCAGCUGAUCCGCUACGCUAUGAGCAACAAGAUUGGCUCCAUCCACAGUGAGUAGAACCUCUUGUGUUACAGCGAAUCUUUGUUCAUGUUCUCCUAUAAUGUUAUGCUAACCUUGUGCUUAUUUUCUGCUAGUUGUGUUCACAUUCUUCUAAUGUUCCGCUAAAGUUCUGCUAGUUGUGUUAACCUUCUGCUAAUAUUCUGCUAAUGUUUUGCUAACCCUCUGCUAACAGGAUUGGGCCCAUCCUCAGUGAGUAUAGCCUAUCGUGUAAAUACUGAUCAUCUUCAGCUAACGUUGUGCUAAUGUUCUGCUAUCUUUCUACUAACUUUCCGGCUACAUAUGGCUUAUCCUCUAUGUUUGGCUGGAUGUGGCUGUAAGACAGACACCUGAUGCUUACAUUUAAAUGGUGGUGGAAGCCAUGUGUGGAUUUGCAACAAGAUUGUAUGAUCGAUGUUAAUAAUGACAGGCAAAAAGGAGUACCAAGAAGGACAAUCAAGGCAAAAUAACAUUGUUGUGGGUGGAAUCCCAAUCUCCACACAAGACCUGGACGGAGUCUGAGGAGAAAGUGAGAAAAAUUAUUGAUGAAAAGCUGCAGAUAGAUCAUAAGAAGAGUGAGGUGGAGUGCGCCCAUAGGAUUGGAAAACCUAUAUCUGGCCCAGGUGACAGACCCAGGUUGAUAGUGGUAAAGGUACUGCGGUACAAGGACAAGGUGGCUGUUAUGGAGAGAGCCAAGAACUUGAGGAACCAACAUCUUCCUCAACAAGGACUACUCUGAAACUGAUCCCAGCUAUGAAAGCUGCCAGAGAGCGUGGGGACAUUGCUCACAUCCGUAACGACAGGCUCAUUAUCCGCCCUCCCACCCAAAAGCCUGGAAGGGGUGAGAGAACCAAGCUGAUGGGUUCAUAGCCUAACCCCUGCACCCUGAUAGAAGGCAUGCUUUGUUUGUGGUUUCCCAUAUUAUGUCUAUCUCUAAUAAGAUACCCAGGAAAGGGCAAAAAAUAGUCCAUAUUAAUAUAUGCAGCCUAAGAAAUAAGGUUAAUGAAAUCAAUAACUUGCUAACCUCAGGUAGCAUUCAUACACUACAAAGUAUCUGGACACCUGCUCGUCGAAAAUCCCAUUCCAAAAUCAUGGGCAUUAAUAUGGAGUUGGUCCCCCCUUUGCUGUUAUAACAGCCUCCACUGUUCUGGGAAGGCUUUCCACUAGAUGUUGGAACAUUGCUGCAGGGACUUGCUUCCAUUCAGCCACAAGAGCAUUAGUGAGGUUGGGCACUGAUGUUGGGCGAUUAGGCUUGGCUCGCAGUCGGCGUUCCAAUUCAUCCCAAAGGGUUAAGUGUUUGUGCAGGCCAGUCAAGUUCUUCCACACCGAUCUCGACAAACCAUUUCUGUAUGGACCUCGCUAUGUGCACGGGGGCAUUGUCAUGCUGGAACAGCAAAGGGCCUUCCCCAAACUGUUGCCACAAAGUUGGAAGCACAGAAUCGUCUAGAAUGUAAUUGUAUGCUGUAGCGUUAAGAUUUCACUUAACUCGAACUAAGGGGCCUAACCGGAACCAUAAAAAACAGCCCCAGACCAUUAUUCCUCCUCCACCAAACUUUACAUUUGGCACUAUGCAUUUGGGCAGGUAGUGUUCUCCUUCUCCUGACAUCCACCAAAAACAGAUUAGUCCGUCGGACUGCCAGAUGAUGAAGCAUGAUUCAUCACUCCAGAGAACGCAUUUCCACUGCUCCAGAGUCCAAUGGCGGCGAGCUUUACACUACUCCAGCCAACACUUGGCAUUGCGCAUGGUGAUCUUAGGCUUGUGUGCGGCUGCUCGGCCAUGGAAACCCAUUUCAUGAAGCUCCCGACGAACAGUUAUUGUGCUGACGUUUCUUCCUGAGGCAGUUUGGAACUUGGUAGUGAGUGUUGCAACCGAGGACAGACGAUUUUUACGCGCUUCAGCUAAAGCUAAAGCUAAAGAGUUAAACCUAUGAAUGAAUAAGAGGGGUAUUCGUUCCCUUCAGUGAUCUAUGCUUGACAACAGAUGCAAACAAUGUACCCCUACUAUGUAUAGUAACUCCAUAUCACGGAAUCUACCUAUGAUAACACAAUGUCUUUAGUACUAGUCAAAUUUGUUCACAUACAGUACCAGUCAAAAGUUUGGACGCCAACUCAUUCAUGGGUUUUUAUUUUAUUUUUGCUGUUUUCUACAUUGUGGAGUGAUAGUGGAGACAUCAGCUAUGCAGUGGCACAUAUGGAGACAUGUGGUAACCAACAAAGUGUUAAACAAAUCAAAAUAUAUUGAAAAAAAUAAUGUAUGCACUCACUAACUGUAAGUCGAUCUGGAUAAGUGUGUCUGCUAAAUGACUAAAAUGUAAAAAAAAAUGUAAGCACUCGGCGGUCCCGUUCUGUGAGCCUGUGUGGCCUACCACUUCACGGCUGAGCCGUUGUUGCUCCUAGACGUUUCCACUUUACAAUAACAGCACUUGCACUUGACCGGGGCAGCUCUAGCAGGGCAGAAAUUUGUUGGAAAAGUGGCGUCCAUUGACGGUGCCACGUUGAAAGUCGGGUGUGGCUGAAAUAGCCGAAUCCACUAAUUUGAAUGGUUGUCCACAUACUUUUGUAUAUAUAGUGUAUAUUAGCCAUCACUGAGACUCACUUAGAUAAUUAAUUUGACAACACAGCAGUAGCAAUACAGGGAUAUAACAUCCAUAGAAGAGACAGGAAUAAAUAUGGGGGCAGUGUCUCUGUAUACAGUGCAUUCGUAAAGUAUUCAGACCCCUUCCCUGUUUCCACAUUUUGUUACGUUACAGCAUUAUUCUAAAAUAGAUCAAAUAAAAAAAUUUCGUCAUCAAUCUACAUACAAUACCCAAUAAUGACAAAGCGAAAACAGGUUUUUAGAAAUGUUUGCAAAUGUAUUAAAAACUAAAAAACAGAAUUACCUUAUUUACAUAAGUAGUCAGACCCUUUGCUAUGACACUCGAAAUUGAGCUCCGGUGCAUCCUGUUUCCAUUGAUCAUCCUUGAGAUAUUUCUACAACUUGAUUGGAGUCCACAUGUGGUAAAUUCAAUUGAUUGGAUAUGAUUUGGAAAGGCACACACCUGUCUAUAUAAGGUCCCACAGUUGACAGUGCAUAUCAGAGCAAAACCCAAGCCAUGAGGUCGAAGGAAUUGUCCGUAGAGCUCCGAGACAGGAUUGUGUCAAGGCACAGAUCUGGGGAAGGGUACCAAAAAAUAUCUGCAGCAUUGAAGUUCCCCAAGAACACAGUGGCCUCCAUCAUUCUUAAAUGGAAGAAGUUUGGAACAACCAAGACUCUUCCUAGAGCUGGCCGCCUGGCCAAACUGAGCAAUCGGGGGAGAAGGGCCUUGGUCAGAGAGGUGACCAAGAACCCCAUGGUCACUCUGACAGAGGUCCAGAGUUCCUCUGUGGAGAUGGGAGAACCUUCCAGAAGGACAACCAUCUCUGCAGCACUCCACCAAUCAGGCCUUUAUGGAGGGUGGCCAGACGGAAGCGACUCCUCAGUAAAAGGCACAUGACAGCCCGCUUGGAGUUUGCCAAAAGUCACCUAAAGGACUCUCAGACCAUGAGAAAUACGAUUCUCUGGUCUGAUGAAACCAAGAUUGAACUCUUUGGCCUGAAUGCCAAGCGUCACGCCUGGAGGAAACCUGGCACCAUCCUUACGGUGAAGCACAGUGGUGACAGCAUCAUGCUGUGGGGAAGUUUUUCAGCGGCAGGGACUGGGAGACUAGUCAGGAUCAAGGGAAAGAUGAAUGGAGCAAAAUACAGAGAGAUCCUUGAUGAAAAUCUGCUCCAGAGCACUCAGGACCUCAGACUGGGGUGAAUGUUCACCUUCCAACAGGACACCAACCCUAAGCACACAGCCAAGACAAUGCAGGAGUGGCUUCAGGACAAGUCUCUGAAUGUCUUGAGGACAAGUCUCUGAAUGAGUGGCCCAGCCAGAGCCCAGACUUGAACCCAAUCGAACAUCUCUGGAGAGACCUGAAAAUAGUUGUGUUGUGACGCUUCCCAUCCAACCUGACAGAGCUUGAGAGGAUCUGCAGAGAAGAAUGGGAGAAACUCCCCAAAUAUAGGUGUGCCAAGCUUGUAGCACCAUACCCAAGAAGACUCAAGGCUGUAAUCUCUGCCAAAGGUGCUUCAACAAACUACUGAGUAAAGGGUCUGAAUACUUAUGUAAAUGUGAUAUUUCAGAUUGUUCUUUUUUAUAUAUUUGCCAAAAAAAUAGUUUAACCUGUUUUUGCUUCGUCAUUAUGUGGUAUUGUGUGUAGAUUUGAUGAGGGAUUUUUUUAUUUUUAUAAUCCAUUUUAGAAUAAGGCUGUAACGUAACAACAUGUGGAAAAAGUCAAGGGGUCUGAAUACUUUCUGAAUGCGCUGUAUGUUCAGAGCCAAAUUCCUGUGAAGCUCAGAGAGGAUCUCAUGCCAAAGGUUGUUCUAGUGUUGUGGUUGCAGGUUCACCUGCCUCAUCUAAAGCCUCUUCUUUUGGGGUGCUGCUAUUGGCCGCCAAGUACUAACAUUCAUUAUCCGGAUAAUAUGUGUGCAAUGCUUGAUAGUGUAUAUGAUGUUAACAGAGUUCUAUUUUCCAGGUGACCUAAAAAUAUAGGUUUUCAUCAAGUGUAAUCUGCUUCAGGUUAUUAAUCAAGCUACCAGGGUGUUUACAAACAGUACAGGAACUACUGUAUAUCAUCCACGUGUAUUGAUUAUAUUUUUUGUAAUGCUGCAGAACUUUGUUCUAAAGGUGCAUAAACACCCAUUGGAUGUAGUGACCACAAUAUAAUAGCUGUAUCCAGAAAAGCCAAAGUUCCAAAGGCAGGGCCUAAAAUAGUGUUUAAGAGAUCAUACACAUUUUUGUAGUGAUUCCUAUGCUGAAGAUGUAAAGAUUGAUUGGUCAAAUGUGUGUAAUGGGGAGCAUCCAGAUGCUGCAAUACAUUUAUGAAAUUGCUCCUUCCAGUUAUUGAAAAACAUGCACCUAUUAAGAAACUGACUGUUAGAACUGCUAAGGCGCCGUGGACUGAUGAGGAACUGAAAAAAAGAGUGGAGUGGCUAGUAAGUCUAGUUGCACAUCUGAUUGGCAAACCUACUGUAAAUUUAGAAAUUAUGUGACUAAACUAAACAAAAAGAAGAAGAAACUGUAUUAUGAAACUAUGAUAAAAGAUAGAUAAAUAGAAUAUGAUGAAAAAAAAGCUUUGGAGAACAUUAAAUUAUGGGCAGAAAGACUUUCAACACCGUCUUUUAUUGAAUCAGAUGGCUCAUUCAUCACAAAACCCUUUGAUGUGGUCAAUUAUAUCAACAACUACUUCAUUGGCAAAGUGGGCAAAUUCAGGAAUGAAAUGCCAACAACAAACUGUGAGCCAUCAUAUUCAUGCAUAAAAUACCUAAUUAUGAAAGAAAAGCAAGGUUCAUUUAAAUGUCAUAAACUUAGUGUGGAAGAGGUGAAAAAAUUGUUGCUGGCCAUCAAUAAUGAGAAACCACCUGGUAUUGACAACUUAGAUGGAAAGCGACUGAGGAUAGUAGCGGAAUAUGUUGCCGCUCUUAUUUCUCACAUCUUCAAUAUGAGCUUGGAGAGAAAAACAAUUCUCAGACCUGGUGGGAAGCUAAAGUCAUUCCGCUACCCGAGAAUGGUAAAGCGCCCUUUUCUGGUUCUAACAGCAGAUCAAUAAGUCUACUGCUGGCUUUAGCAAACUUUUGGAAAUAAUUCGUUUUUGACCAGAUCCAAUGUGAUUUCUUUAUGAACAAACUAACAACAGACUUUCAGCAUGCCUAUAGAGAAGGGCAUUCUACAUGUACUGCAUUGACACAAAUUACUGAUGAUUGGCUGAAAGAAAUUGAUAAUAAGAAGAUGGUGGGAGCUGUACUGUUAGAUUGCAGUGCAGCCUUUGAUAUUAUUGACCAUAAUCUGUUAGUGGAAAAACGUAUGUGUUAUGGUUUUACACGCAUAUCGUGGAUUAAAAGCUAUCUAUCUAAUAGAACUCAGAGGGAUUUCUUCAAUGGAAGCCUCUCUAACGUAAUACAUGUAAAGUAUGGAAUUCCACAAGGCCCGUUACUGUUUUCUAGCCUUAAACAAAGCCUGUGUAUCUAUGUAUGCUGAUGAUUCAACCCUAUACACAUCAGCGGCUACAGCUAGUGAAAUCACUGCAACUCUAACUCUGACUCUGGGGAAGUAGAUACAUCCCAAAGUAUCCCUUUAAGCUCUAGACCUAAGAUGGUUCUGGUUAUGAAAGAUGUGACUAUAGUUGAGGAAACUAAACUUAUUGGUGUCACCUUAGACUGUAAAUGGUCAUGGUCAAUGUAUAUUGAUUAAAUUGUUGACAAGAUGGGGAGCGGCCUGUCUGUGAUAAGGAGAUGCUCAGCAUUCUUAACACCACAACUAACCAAACAAGUCAUACAGGCUGUAGUCGUAUCAUAUCUUGACUAUUGCCCAGUAAUAUGGUCAGGUGCUGCAAAGAAAGACAUAAUAAAGCUAAAACAGAACAGCAUGUCUUGCCUUGCAAUGUUCCAAGAGAGCUAAUGUCAACAAAAUGCAUGUUGACCUUUCCUGGCUCAAAGUACAGGAGACAUUGUCUGCAUCACUUCUCCAUUUUGUUAGAAAUAUUCAUGUAUUAAAAACUCCAAAACAUCUAUUCAAUCAACUAACAUACAGCUCUGACAGACAUUAAUAUUCCACAAGGCAUGCAACUAAAGGUCUCUUCAUAGUCCCUAAAGCCAAAACAAAUUCAAGGCAAUGAUAACAUGGAACUCCCUCCCAUCUCAAAUCACUCAAGCAAGCAAAAGUAGUUUAAAGAAAUUAUUUAAACCGCACAUCACAACGCCUCUGACCUAAAUAGCUGUAGCAUCUCCCUCCCUAGCACAUCUGGUAUUUGAGUUAAAGUUAAAGAUAAGAUGUGCCCUUGGCAUCAGGAUAUCAAGGACUGCUCAGAGAAAGCAAUUGUAAGCAAAACCUCAGUAGAGUAAGGACUUACUGGUCUGGUCAGCUUACUGAUGUUAGUCAGUAGAGCCAAGUUUUAUUGAAGUGUAUGAAAGUGUAUUCUUAUUUUGUGACUGGUGGAUGCUGCUGUGUGUGAGUGUGGUGCGGGGAAUGAAAAUGGAAAUGCAAAACAAGUUUAUGAUAACCAGACGAAACUCCAUAAGGGACUCGGACGAAACUCCAUAUCAAGGGGACUUUAUUCAUUUUAUGUCCAAAGGCCACGCACUAUACCUUAGCUAACCUUUUAUGGGCGGAUAGACUGUAACACGGCAAAUGUUUGGUUUAGUUCAUUUCUAUGCACUAGACCGGGCGAUGGACGUAUGUGAAGCCCAUCUGAUGAUAAUGAUGACUGUUCAAUUUAUUGAACGGAGUGGAGUGAUGGAUCUCUAAAAAGUCCACGUAUGUAGCUAAAGUGAAGGAUUACAUUUAAACUUUAGCUGUAGGAAACUCCAAUACGGUUGCUGAGAUGAAGGAUUAAAUUGAAGCGAGGAGGAAACUCCAUCCAUAGCUCAUUUAUGAGCUGAAUGGCAUGGUUGCUAGGGUGAAAACUGUGGUUGAAGCCUUAACUGGAAGAAUUGUAGCAUUUCCAUUGUCGUUUUCGUUGCACUUGUAGCAUCUAUGAAUCACAUUAUUAUUAUGAAGCGUAUUGACGUCAAACGGGAAAACCAAGGACACUGGUGGUUCCUAAUGUUGUGAGAUUCUUGCUGGUGUUUACAGAACAGCUGGUUCUAAGAGAUUAGGAUCAGGACCUGCAAUUGUAACAGUAAGCAUCUGUAACGAAAUGGAUAACUGCAGUGUAGCCAUUAGAAUGAGCACCUGUUACAUGGAUUGCUAAGGCAUAAGAAUAUGAAAGUGUGUAUUCUUAUUUUACAUGUAUGUAGUUCUGUACAUGUCUAUUAACAUUAUGUAUUAUGUCAUGUUAUGUAGUUAUGUCCUUCAGCUGUAAUUGUCUAUUAAUGUUAUAUAUUAUUAUACCAUGUUUUAUGUUUUGUGUGGAUCCUAGGAAGAGUAGCUGCAGCUUUGGCUGUAGCUAAUGGGGAUCCUACUAAAAUACUAAAUAUACUAAAUCUCCAUGCCUCAUUAUAUGACUAUGAAGCCUUCCAAAAAUACUUGGGCAAUCAUUUAGAAUCAACUCAAAUUCUUCCACAAACAUUGAUAGCUAUAUCUAUGAAACAUGCAAACAACAGUGUUAAUCAUACAUGGGCAAACUAUGGCCCGCGGGGCAGGAAGAGUGACGGUGCUAGGCCGAAUUCGACCUGCGGGCCGUAGUUUGUCCAUGUAUACAUUUCCCCAACAGAUUCUUCUGUCUCUACUCAUAAGUGUGUCUUCUUUAGACAUCUGGGGGAUGUUGUUACCACUCAUUUGUUGUCUCAAUGGACCAUCGUAUUACAUACAUUUCUCUUCAAGAGCGUUUGAAUUCCUGACUAUACACAGUAUGGAAUGCGAGCCAAAUGAAUAGUAAUUAUCUAUAGUGUAACAUUAUCCGUAGGUAAACCAAAAACCUAGUGUUGUUGUAUUUCCUCAGCUGGCCCUUCAAAGACACCCAAACCCUUGACAGGGUAAAGGAUAGCGGCUAAGGUAAACAAGGGGCCGUGCUUCAGUUCACACAAGGUUAUUUACUGCAGGUAGGAGGUGUAAGAAGAAGGGGGAGAGUGGGGGAGGGCAAGAGGAAGGCACCGGGAGAGGGGUAAAGGUACAUAGGGGAAGGCCGGGGGUGGCGGUCAGGGGGCCGGUGGUAGGUUAUGCAAGCAAACUUGACUCAGCUGGAGUUUAUUGGCAAAAGUGUAACAUCUGUGCCGAGUUUCCUGUGAGGACGCAAUGGGGUCUGGAGGAGCAGGGACUUCAAACGUGCCCCCCAAACCCCUAAUAAGCAGCUGUCUGAUAAACGGUCGGCACAUCCCCUCUAACAGCCAGGAGAGGUGUCUUACAUGCCUGUGUCUACAAAACGGAGACAUUGUGUGUGUGUUGGUGUGUGUGAUGUCACAACAUCUUGUCCAGCUAUUCAACAGCCAUUUUCAACAAUAACUAAUGUGAGGGUUUCUAGGAAUCUAUUCAUUUCAGGUUGUAGUACUAAACUGUGAUUUUUCAGACUGAAGUAUCCAAAGACAUAAGUAACACCAAAGUAGAACUCCCCUGAUCCCUUGAUUUACAAAAUCCAUAAUCUGAAAACAGCCUCACAAAAGCCUUACUGAAGGACUACAUGUAGCCUAUAAGUGAAUUGCUGUUUGUCCAACCAAUUGGUCCCUACCAUGUUUACUGCAAUUAUUUCACUUAAAUUCUAGCUAUAACAUCAGAACUAACCCUGAACUAGUCAUUGAUGGCAUCACCCACUAACACGGAUCCCACUGCUGCCUCUCAAGAGAAUGGACGUUUGCUUUGAUUGACAGGUGGCCCACCAGAGCAGAACCCAUGUUUCACCGGCAGACACGGCUGCGACACCAACGCUGCCUGCAGACCCGGAGAAGGCAUCCAGUUCACCUGCGAGUGUUCCACUGGUUUCACUGGGGACGGACGUCAAUGCUAUGGUAGGGGCCCUGCACACUAUACAUACCAGCUUAAACCUACAGCAGCUGAUGCAUAAUGGACAUGGGGAAAAGUCUAUUGAAGUUUGGGUUAUACUUUAUUUUACAUAUUUACCUGGUAAUUCAUUAAAGGAUGCAUGGUAAUAACUUUAUUACAUUAUUAUCUAAUAAACUUAGACAGUGAUCUUGGGUCAGUUUAGCAUUUUCCCCACUAAGGAUUGGGGGAAGGUUAGGAUUGGGCGAGCUGAUCCUAGAUCUGUAUGUUUGGUGUGAAAACAGCUCAUGACCUUUCAUGACUGAUCUUCCUAAAAUAGGUAAUAUUAGUAAGAUGGCAUCUUCAUAGUAGUGGUCAUGAUAUUACAUUUGACUUAUUUUGCACUUUCUAAGAACUCAAAGACGCUUUACAUUAGUAAAGGGCAAGACCGCACAAAGAGAUGAACAACCAUUGCAGGACUGAGACAGACUGUAGCAUAGGAAAACAAGCAAUGUCAUCAGAAAUUCUCAUCACUAAUAAUUCAUAUUAUUAAUAUACUGUAAUGUACAGUAUAUUGCUACAUAAACUACAAAUGACACAAAUAAUCACAUUCAAUAAUUUAUUACAAAUAUGCAAUGAAAUAAUGUAAUUAUUAUUAUGGCUGUUGAUAUGACUUGCAGUAAACAUGAAUCUGGUGCAACAGAAUUGCCCUCAGGUGACAAAUAAAGUUGUUUGAAUUUAAUUGAGUUGAGUUUAAUUUAAUUGAAUGUGCUCAUUUUGUAGACAUUGACGAGUGCAGAGAGACGCCCGAGAUCUGUGGUUCUCACGCCAUAUGCAACAACCAACCGGGAACAUUCCGCUGCGAGUGUGUGGAUGGUUUCCAGUUUGCCAGCGAUGGCAAGACCUGUGUCGGUAUGUAGUGCUGAAAAAGUGUGUUUGCAGCUGUGUUGUUCUUUGUUUGGAUGGCCCCCAAUAUAACUGUUGCAGUUCACACAACAUUAAUACACACUUAAAUACACUAACCGUUUACAGAUUUUUCAUAGCAUUUAUAGAUUCAUCUUAAACUCCAAUUUAAGAGUUUCUAGGCCAUAUCAGUCUAUUAAUCUGUUGUUUUCAUUUGUCUAUAAAAACCGUCUACUGAGAACUUUCUCACAUUUGCUACUCAUUUUUAGGGUUUUAGUUUCAUCAAACAAAGGAUUCAGGGGAUUUCUAUCUCCACCAAGUCUCAAAUCUGCCUCCCCCUUUCCCCCCUAUCGCUUGUAGAAGUGGACCGUCCCAUAGACCACUGCCAGAGGGGCACCAAUAACUGCGACAUCCCAGAGCGGGCACGUUGUAGCUACACGGGGGCGUCCACCUAUAUCUGCUCCUGUCUGCCCGGCUUCGUGGGUGAUGGUCAUACUUGCCAGGGUAGGGUGACACUUAAACAGUUCUGUGUGUGUGUGUGUGUGUGUGUGAGUGUGUGUGGUGGCGGCAGACACCAGCGGAGAGAGAACCAUUAAUAACUUAUUCGACUGAAUGGUGUUGACGUCCUGUUUUCGGAGGUUGAAGGACUUUUUUUUAUCUUUACAGAAAAAAGCUAAAAGAAGUCGAUAAUCCUCUUUACUAAUACAAUUAAUCCAUAUCCAUCCAUUCCAUAUCCGUUGACUUAAAUGAUCUGAACUCACUCAUGGCAUUUGUCGUCAGGUGAUAUGUCUAGACUUGCCUUUGCAGCCCUUGUCUAGUUACUAGGCCAUAUUAGAAUAACUUUACUGUCCAACAUGCAAAAUAAAGUUGUCUUUUGCUUUUCUCAGAACCCCCCCGGACACCACAGAAACACACACACCCUUCAGCUUAAAAAAAAAACAGACCAUGUCUUCUCUCUAAACUCUCCACUGGUUCUCUCUAUGUUGAACCCUCUGAGUCCUCCUCGUUGUAAUGCACCCACACCGAGGCCCCUGCGAGAGGAAAUGUGUCCACCUGGACAGGAAAUGCAAACACAACCCGGCCCUACAGCUGGGGAGCUCAUUGGUCAUGCGUUUUAUUCAUCCAUCCAUCCAUCCCUGUAUUUCUUAUUUUCCCUCAUCCAAUGCGACUUGGCCAGCCACCAAACGAAAGCCGUAUGAAUUUCCAUGUAGGAUUUGUAUAAGUCCUUUUUCAUUUGCUGUCCUUAGAGAUAGACUUUAGAGGUUGGGGUAGUGAGCUGGGGUAGUGAGCUGGGUGUGUUACAUACAAGUUGCAUCCAAAAGAAUGGUAUCCCUAUCCCUAUCGAACGCUAAGCUUCAACAUGUGUACACAGUACUUUAGUUAUGCAGCUGCUAUGUUUUAUUGACUGUACUUUUCUACAGAAUUAUGUUUCUUUCCCCAUCUAACAUCAUCACAUAACACAGGAUGUGACAUUUCAUGAAUGUAUAUUUCACAUUUAGAUACUUUAUAUAGGCAUACAGUCUAGUGCACUACCAAUACUAAUAACAACUGUGUAUUUUUUGUAUAUCUCCAUAGCAGGAUUUAAUAUUCACAUUCCUAUUGACUGUGUAUAUUUCAGCUAUAUAUUGAAACAUUUUUAUACAUUGCUUUCAUUUGAACUUAGCAUCUGUGUCCCUAUUGUUUCUUAUUGACUGUUGUUUCUCACACACACAGACAUUGACGAGUGCGAGCAAGGUCGCUGUCACCGGGACGCCGUCUGUUAUAACUCUCAGGGCUCCUUCACCUGUCAGUGCCACCCUGGUUUCCAUGGCGAUGGCUUCCAGUGUGCCUCUGGCUCCCCGGGUAUGUAACCCCUGUGCUUUUUGGUGUAAAUAAAUCACCUUUCCAAACCGCAAGUUGUGUGAGAGGAGUUCUUCUCGGGGUCAUGUUCAUUUGGAACCAAACAGAAGUUUGAUCCCCGGUCAAGUCAUACCAAUGACUCAAAAAAUGGGGGAAUCUGCAGUUCGAACAAUAACAAAGUGGGCACCCGGACAGUGUUUUGGUAAAUAUCUCAGGGAUGGGGCUGGAGAAAUGUAACCAUUCUCAAAUUUAUAGAUGGAGCUAUGGAUGCAAGAACAGACCAUCCAUGACAUCAAAAUGAUAGUUUUAAUCAUGUUUUAAAGCUAUACAUUGUUUGUUUACAAUUACAAUGUUUACAACCAUUGGAGUAAAAUAAGCGUAUAUUUUGGGUUCUGAUGGGGUACGGCAGUUGAAAUAAGUUCAUGAAACAUUUAUAAUAUAAGUUGUGUUGUACAGAUUGGCCCUUUAAGGAAAUGGACAGGGGGCUGGCUCAUGCUGCAGAAACAGGAUAUAGGCUCCUACCCUAUGGGCCAUUCUGUCUCAGACAAUGCUACUGAUAUUUAUAAGUUAAACAGCAGCCAGAGGCAGUGUAGUCCAAAAUGUGCAAGGGAAGGCAAGAGAAAUGCAUUCAGAAGGAACCUCUAAAUUGUACGGCUAUGUCCGGAAGUAUGUAAAUAUUGUACAUUGCAUGGGGAUAGUUAGAGCUCUCAUCAGGCGUCUUCUUCCACUCAAAAUGUUAGGAUUCGCGUAGCUAUACUUGUUCUGUCUUAGUGCCCCCAGCUGGAACAUGUGAAGCUCCUAACAGUUUAGUUUGGUUUAGAGAGAGAGGGAGGGGGAGGCGGGAGACAGAUUUGUCAUCAAAGGAAAGCAUAAUAUACCAGAGACUAACUGUUUAUAUUGAACGUCCACACAAGCCAUAGUGGACUAAACAGUAUAUUUUACUAAUGGAGGUCUGUUCGCUAAGUUAAACAAGUCUAUCAGUGUUGCGUCAUCACCUGGCACUGAUAGAAAUAUAUAUAUAUUUUUUUACAUUUUAGUCAUUUAGCAGACGCUCUUAUCCAGAGCGACUUACAGGAGCAAUUAGGGUUAAGUGCCUUGCUUAAGGGCACAUCGACAGAUUUUUCACCUAGUCGGCUCGGGGAUUAGAACCAGUGACCUUUCGGUUACUGGCACAACGCUCUUACCCACUACGCUACCUGCCACCCAUGGUAGAACAUGGACUGAGGCGAAGGCCUGAACAGUGUGUACUUCCAUAAGCCUGAUAUAAGACUCCAUGAGACUGCGUGCUAAAAUAUGGAACUGUUAGGGGGAGGGAGGAUGGAUGAAGGGUGUGUGUGUGUGUGCUUCGGGGUUCUGAAACUCACUCUGAACUGAGUGUCUGUUGGUUUCUGUUGUGCCUUGACCAAAUGUCUCCCUCUUCCCCCUUGAAAGACAUUUGAAGGUUGACAUUUGACACUGUGCAUCCUUCCUGCGCGGGGAUGGGUAUAACAACACACAUAUGUUACGUAGGGAGGAUAAAGGAAUGGAAACUGAGGUUGGUGUUGAGACAACAUACGAUCCCCGUCGAGAAAGAUCAACAUAGCUGCUCAUUCUCCAUGCAAUUAGGGCCAAAGGCCUGGAACAUGUCACAUGGAUGUGCUGGAACAGAGCCAAUGCUCCUACACUCCCGAAUACAGACUCCUGGCCUGCAUCCCUAAUGGCCUAAAUAGUGCACUACUUUGGGGCAGGGCCCAUAGUCCAAGUUAGUUGAACAUAAAGGUAAAGGUACCCUGGAGUUACAACCAGGAAUUGAAACAUUUAAUAAACAACAACAACUGAAGUAUUAGGAAGAAGGAGGACUUUCCCCUAUUGACUUAACAACCAAUCCAUUUUCUCUUUGAUUCAAUUCUACUAGUUCCCCUUCACCACUGUAUAUUUGGGAAUAUAGGGUAUGUGUAUUCAAGUGUUCCAUACUAUAAAUUAUUAUUCUACAGUGAGGGGGAAAAAGUAUUUGAUCCCGAGCUGAUUUUGUACGUUUGCCCACUGACAAAGAAAUGAUCCGUCUAUAAUUUUAAUAGUAGGUUUAUUUGAACAGUGAGAGACAGAAUAAUAACAAAAAAAUCCAUAAAAACACAUGUCAAAAAUGUUAUAAAUUGAUUUGCAUUUUAAUGAGGGAAAUAAGUAUUUGACCCCCUCUCAAUCAGAAAGAUUUCUGGCUCCCAGGUGUCUUUUAUACAGGUAACGAGCUGAGAUUAGGAGCACACUCUUAAAGGGAGUGCUCCUAAUCUCAGCUUGUUACCUGUAUAAAAGACACCUGUCCACAGAAGCAAUCAAUCAAUCAGAUUCCAAACUCUCCACCAUGGCCAAGACCAAAGAGCUCUCCAAGGAUGUCAGGGACAAGAUUGUAGACCUACACAAGGCUGGAAUGGGCUACAAGACCAUCGCCAAGCAGCUUGGUGAGAAGGUGACAACAGUUGGUGCGAUUAUUCGCAAAUGGAAGAAACACAAAAGAACUGUCAAUCUCCCUCGGCCUGGGGCUCCAUGCAAGAUCUCACCUCGUGGAGUUGCAAUGAUCAUGAGAAUGGUGAGGAAUCAGCCCAGAACUACACGGGAGGAUCCUGUCAAUGAUCUCAAGGCAGCUGGGACCAUAGUCACCAAGAAAACAAUUGGUAACACACUACGCCGUGAAGGACUGAAAUCCUGUAGUGCCCGCAAGGUCCCCCUGCUCAAGAAAGCACAUAUACAGGCCCGUCUGAAGUUUGCCAAUGAACAUCUGAAUGAUUCAGAGGAGAACUGGGUGAAAGUGUUGUGGUUAGAUGAGACCAAAAUCGAGCUCUUUGGCAUCAACUCAACUCGCCGUGUUUGGAGGAGGAGGAAUGCUGCCUAUGACCCCAAGAACACCACCCCCACCAUCAAACUUGGAGGUGGAAACAUUAUGCUUUGGGGGUGUUUUUCUGCUAAGGGGACAGGACAACUUCAAAUCUUGGGUGAGAACCUCCUUCCCUCAGCCAGGGCAUUGAAAAUGGGUUGUGGAUGGGUAUUCCAGCAUGACAAUGACCCAAAACACACGGCCAAGGCAACAAAGGAGUGGCUCAAGAAGAGGCCUUAAUCCCAUAGAAAAUCUGUGGAGGGAGCUGAAGGUUCGAGUUGCCAAACAUCAGCCUCGAAACCUUAAUGACUUGGAGAAGAUCUGCAAAGAGGAGUGGGACAAAAUCCCUCCUGAGAUGUGUGCAAACAAGAAACGUCUGACCUCUGUGAUUGCUAACAAGGGUUUUGCAACGAAGUUCUAAGUCAUGUUUUGCAGAAGGGUCAAAUACUUAUUUCCCUCAUUUAAAAUGCAAAUCAAUUUAUAACAUUUUUGACAUGCGUUUUUCUGGAUUUUUUUUUUGUUAUUCUGUCUCUCACUGUUCAAAUAAACCUACGAUUAAAAUUAUAGACUGAUCAUGUCUUUGUCAGUGGGCAAACGUACAAAAUCAGCAGGGGAUCAAAUACUUUUUUACCUCACUGUAUAGGCUUCAGCUUUCAUUUUACAUUUACAUUUUAGUCAUUUAGCAGACGCUCUUAUCCAGAGCGACUUACAGUUAGUGAGUGAAUACAUAUAUAUAUAUAUAUAUUUUUUCAUACUGGCCCCCCGUGGGAAUCUAACCCACAACCCUGGCAUUGCAAAUGCCAUGCUCUACCAACUGAGCUACAUCCCUGCCGGCCAUUCCCUCCCCUACCCUGGACGACGCUGGGCCAAUUUUGCGCCACCCCAUGGGUCUCCCGGUCGCGGCCGGCUACGACAGAGCCUGGAUUCGAACCAGGAUCUCUAGUGGCACAGCUAGCACUGCGAUGCAGUGCCUUAGACCACUGCGCCACUCGGGAGAGUGUCAUGUACUGGAGCCUUGGGUGUUUGUGAGUUGGCAUCUUUCUCAGCCGUUACCUCUUUGUUCAAGUCCAAUCCAGGUGUCAACUGCAUGUAUUUACUCCACCACGCUAAUUAUAGCUCCUUCUCCUCUGCCUCCACAGUUUUGUCAUAUUUUGAACAAGCUGUCUGAAAAGGGGCAUCAUUUUGUCCUCCUUUGUCUGAACUUGUACUUGUAGUAGACACUGUAGUGUCUGGACCUUGUGAGAGUUGACCUGGUUAUCUUCCUCACUUUUCGAUGGUUGAUGACUGUCUGAUAAAAACUGCUUUGAUCUUUGCCUCCUCAGAGACAACAGUUCCCAAUGUUGACUAGUUGUCUUUUUUUGGUGGCUUUUGUUGAUUGUUGCGGCCAGACGUUGUGCAUAGCGCAGAUUGUAUGUUGCGGCUGUUUGAGAUUGUUAUGACUAGUCUGUGGUUAACCAGACAGAUACCCUGGGGAUAAGUCUUUCAGUGAGACACUAUAUUCCAGAUGUCACCGUGUCCCUUAUGUCAGAUUUACGUGACCGCAAAAAUGAAAUACUCUACAUUGAAUCCAUGUUUUCCAUAUUAGUAGUGGACAAGUAACUUUAGUUUUGAACUGCCAUGUGCCAUGUCGUACAUUAAGGCAAUUAUAUUUAAACCAAAGCUAAACAGCACUUUAAAAAGAAAGAGCAAUUUCUUAGAAACCUUUCUUAAUUUCCUCUAUUACUUUUAUUACUCCUCAUGUCGUCUUUCUGUUUUAUUCCAGAGCGUGAGAAGACGCAGUGCGAGCGAGACAGAGAAAGCAUCCAGGUCUCCUCCAACACAGGCUCGUUUUCCUUCUUCCGCCCACGCCCCACCGUCAGUCAGUACGUUCCUACCUGCGACCAGCAUGGUGCCUACGAGCCCACCCAGUGCCACGGUAGCAUUGGACAGUGCUGGUGUGUGGACGGCAAUGGUCAGGAGAUCCCCAACACUAGAAUUGGCCCCGGCCAAAAACCUUUGUGUGAGUGACUGCCUCAAAAGAUGGAGGGGCCGAUCGGUCAUCCUUGGCUUGUACCUUAAUAUUCAUAUUCAACAUAUUCAUGCAUUCAUAGCACUCAUGUCUAUUCCAUUACAUUCAACAUUUGCCCCUGCAUGCUAAAUAAAAAUACUGUAGGAACCCACUGGGCACAAACUGGUUGAAUCAACAUUGUUUCCAUGUCAUUUCAACCCCAAAAUUAUAUGUGUUUAAAUCAACGUGAAAAACUUAUUGGAUUUGCAAAAAGUAAUCAAAGUAAAGGAACUUUUAACCUAAAUUCAAUGGCAUGGUUGAAAGUUUUGUUGAUUUCACAUUUAAUUCAGGUUAGUUGAAAACUCAAUCAUAGAUAAAUCAAAACUAGACGCUGAUAGGACAUCUGUGCCCAGUGGGAAAUGACAUUGUAACUUCAGUUGUCCUCCCUUGACAGGUAUUGACCAGGGAGUGAUUCCUCCCCCGAUUGGACCCACCACCAGGCCGGAUGUCUCUCCUGUGGCCCCAGGGACCCACUUGCUGUUUGCCCAGAGCGGGAAGAUCGAGCACAUCCCCCUGGACGGAUACAGCAUGAACAAAGGGGAGGCCAAAGCCCUGCUCCACCUGCCUGUGAGGCUUCACAUUGACGCACCUCAACUCACCUCACAUUCUCAGUCAGACAGACAGUCAGUCAGUUAAUCAGUCAAGCACUGCACAUCACUUGUUACAAGCACUGUGGGAAGUUACUUAUUGACUCACAAACUUUAACUCACUCACUCUCUUCUCGAGUUAAUGAUUCACUCAGUCAGUAACUCACUCCUCUGUAAGCCCUGGCCUACCACGCUUUGUCAAGAUGGCCGCUCACCAGAUGGCCAGAGCUGUCUUCUCAGACCCCCAGUCUUAGGUUGAAUGAAAAGAGGGGGAUUUGAUUAUCUCUUCGUCGCAUGUCAGAUAUUUCCUUUGGCCGGACUGAGAGUGCGUUGAUGGGUGUUGUGGGUCCACGCAUCCACUCUCUGGAAUGUCCCAAAUGCCACUUGAACAAUCUCCUGAUUGUGUGAGUUGACCAUCCAUACUCGUCCCCAGGCUUUUCUUCUUUCUUCUCACUAGCGUGGAAUGGUCUGGCAGAACAUGUAACUGGACAUACAGAGGGAUUCUUCCCAAUAAAAGCUUCAAUUGUUUGGCUAGCCGCAUUCUGCCAUUUUGAAAUGUAAUGUAACAUUGUGUACAUCUUAUGUAAUUUGGUUGAACCCAUCUGUGAAAUGAAUGGGGUGAGAUAUUAACAUUAACACUAUUAAAGUAGUAUAACAUUACUGCAAUGUUCUCUUGCUUUGAACAGGGGCUCUAUUGAGUGUGUGUGACAUCCUAUAUUCUGACGCUCGCAUGGUUUCCAAUUAGCAGUUAAGUAGGGAAAGCACAAGGACUGUGCAUCAGAUGAUUGGUCUAUUGAAUGUUUCAAUGUGUUUGUAUCUGUCCCGAUCUAAAUAAACCAUUAAUCAAUAAAUCAAUAAAACCGUCUCUAUGUGUUGCUCCCAGGACAGAGUGGCGAUUGCUGUGGCCUACGACUGUGUGGAGAAGAUGGUGUACUGGACGGACAUCACAGGGCCCUCCAUCAGCAAGGCCAGCCUGGAGGGAGGAGACAUAAUUUCUCUCGUCACAACAGGUGAGCAGUACACAGGUCUCAGGUCAGCCUGGAGGAAGGAGACACCAUCUUUUGACAUGUGUGAAACAAGACGGACAAAUGACGGAUUGCCAUUCAUUGUAGUCUUUCAAUGUACACUAUAUAUACAAAAGUAUGUGGACACCCCUUCAAAUUAGUGGAUUUGGCUAUUUCAGCCACACCCGUUGCUGACAGGUGUAUACAAUCGGGCACACAGCCAUGCAAUCUCCAUAGACAAACAUUGGCAGUAGAAUGGCCUUACUGAAGAGCUCAUUGACUUUGAACGUGGCACCGUCAUAGGAUGCCACCUUUCCAACAAGUACGUUUGUCAAAUUUCUGCCCUGCUAGAGCUGCCCCGGUCAGCUCUAGUAGCAACAAAGGCUCAGCUGUGAAGUGGUAGGCCACACAAGCUCACAGAACGAGUCCGCCGAGUGCUGAAGCACGUAGCACGUAAUACUCACUACCGAGUUCCAAACUGCCUCUGGAAGCAACAUCAGCACAAUAACUGUUAAUCGGGAACUGCAUGAAAUGCGUUUCCAUGGCCAAGCAGCCAGCCGCACACAAGCCUAAGAUCACCAUGCGCAAUGCCAAGCGUCGGCUGAAGUUGUGUAAAGCUCGCCGCCAUUGGACUCUGGAGCAGUGGAAACGCGUUCUCUGGAGUGAUGAAUCACACUUCACCAUCUGGCAGUCGGACGGACGAAUACCUUCCCGAAUGCAUAGUGCCAACUGUAAAGUUUGGUGGAGGAGGACUAAUGGUCUGGGGCUGUUUUUCAUGGUUUGGGCUAGGCCCUUUAGUUCCAGUGAAGGGAAAUCUUAAAGCUACAGCAUACAAUAACAUUGUAGACGAUUCUGUGCUUCCAACUUUGUGGCAACAGUUUGGGGGAGGCGCUUUCCUGUUUCAGCAUGACAAUGCUCCCAUGCAGAAAGCAAGGUCCAUACAGAAAUUAUUUGUUGAGAUCGGUGUGGAAGAACUUGACUGGCCUGCACAGAGCCCUGACCUCAACCCCAUCAAACCCCUUUGGGAUGAAUUGGAAUGCCGACUGCGAGCCAGGCCUAAUCGCCCAACAUCAGUGCUCGACCUCACUAAUGCUCUUGUGGCUGAAUGGAAGCAAGUACCCGCUGCAAUGUUCCAAAAAAACACCAUAUUAAUGCCCAUGAUUUUGGAAUGAGAUGUUCGACGAUCAGGUGUCCACAUACUUUUGGUAAUGUAGUGUAUAACCCCCAGGGAUGGAAAUAACGCUAGCUUGCUGCUUGCUGGCUAGUGACAUUUUGUCUUCUUAAAUAUCCCACAGAUUUUGGACCCGGGCUUGUAGGAAUUGCAGUCUACUAGCCCAGCUGGCCAGAGCCCAAAAUCCUUAAGUUCCAUCCCUGAUGACCCCCAUAGAAAAUCAGUAGUUUCUGUCUGAACUAGGCGUAAUGAUGUCCUCCUUCUCUCUUCCUUAGACCUGGAGAGCCCAGAGGGUUUGGCUAUCGACCACCUGGCCCGGCUAAUGUUCUGGACGGACUCCAUGAAGGACAGGAUUGAGGUGGCCAGACUGGACGGAAGCCAGCGCCGUGUCCUAUUCGACACCGACCUGGUAAACCCUCGGCCCAUUGUCGCUGACCCCUCCUAUGGGUAAGUGUCUUUGGACAAUGUCUGACUUUGAUUCCUUUGAUGCAAAUUUGUGAUUAAAUAAGCAGUUAGUUCUUUGUGCUGAAGAUGUAUUGUCCUUAACCGCUAAGGCCUGGAACGAUUUCGAAAUCCCCAGUGCUGUGUUCAUUUUAAAGCUGUUGGUUUAAAAAUAUGGUUCUAAACAUCAUGACAGGAACAUGUUUUCUCUGGCUUGUUGUCCAGACGACUCUACUGGGCAGACUGGAACAGAGACGGGCCCAAAAUCGAGAUGUCCAACAUGGACGGAACCGACAGGACAGUCUUGGUUAAGGACGACCUGGGGUUGCCCAACGGCCUGACAUACGACCCUGAGAGCCAGCAGUUGUGCUGGGCCGAUGCUGGUAAGAGGCUACGCUAAACAUGCUAACACUAUCGAUGCUGGUAAAAAGUUAUAAAACAUGCUAACACUAUCUGUAAAAAGCUAUGCUAAACGUGCUUACACUAUUGAUGUUGUUAUGAAGGUAUGCUAAACAUGCUAACACUAGUGAUGCUGGUAAGAAGCUAUGCUAAACAUGCUAACCCUAUCAAUGCCGGUAAAGACACUACACUAAACAUGCUAACACUAUUGAUAUCGUUAGCUAAACAUGCUAUGUAGCAAUCCAUGGGAAAAUCCCACUGUACUGAGGCAGUUCAGAUGACUCAGAUAGUUGGAGCAUGGUGCUAGCAGCAGGGAUGUUGGUUUGACUCCUGCAUGUUUUUUUUUUACCUUUCCAGGUACUCGUAAGGUACAGUGUAUGGACCCCAACGGUAGGAACCGUAGGACCAUUGUGGAGGGGAUUCAGUAUCCUUUCGCCAUCGUAUCCCAUGGGAGGAACCUUUACUACACUGACUGGAGAAGGUAUGAUCACCUGGGCAUGGUUUCCUAAAAGCAUCUUAAGGCUAAUAAGUUCAUUGUUUGAACCUUCGUAGGAGCAUCGUUAAAUCUCCGAGCUGUUUCCUAAAACUAUUGUUACUAAAGUUGCACUUGAAAAUGCUUGUUAUUUACAGACUGCCUCAGACCACUCAGAACAGCUAAGUGCGUCGUUUUUUUGCCCUUCCGUAGAUUCUCCUACUAUACACAGAAAAUCUCUGCUAUAUAUACAUAGAAUCAAGAUGUUUAGGCCUAUCUUUCUCUCUGUGACUGACGAUAACUGCAGAACGAAGUUGACUACAAAUACAAAGUCGCCAAUGUCUUUGCAAUUGUUACAAACAAGCGAAGGAUAAAAAUAUGCUUCAAAUAAAAACAGAGAUGACUGCAUUAAAAUAGAAAUACAGUAGGCCUAGAACUAUAGGCUACAUAUCCCUAUAUAUUUAAAUCAUAUUAAAAUACAUUCCAUGAUCAAUUAUUUGAGUUCUAAUUAGCUAAUUGUCGGCUACUGUCUGUAAUUUGUGCCUAAAUAUAUUUCAUGAUGUGUAACAAUAAGCAUUUCACUGCACCUUUCAUACCUGUUGUAAGCUGUGUACGUGACUAAUACAAUUUGAUUUGAUUAAUUAAUUCAUACACACCUAUUUCAUGAGCAUGCAUACAUUUCCCAUUACUUAAAAUGCACAGGUUUGUAUACACCAGGUCAGUAUAUUGCCCCAUUUUCAAUAGAUUCAUGAAAAUAAAUCAAUAACCUUGGCAAUGAAUGAUAGAAAGGAUUAUUUUCAUGUAGAAUUAAUUUUUUCAUGGUAGUCAAUAGAGUAAGAGCCUUCAUAAGAAUAGUAGUAGCCAUUUGAAACUGUACUAUUUAUUUAAAAACGUGAGUUUGUUUAAUGCCAAUGUUUAUUUGACGUGGCUCAAACAUUGGUGUGUGGUCCUGGGGGUCCCAGCGAAUGUUUAGAGAAUGUUCUGAUAAUGUCGUUUUCUGUUGCCAGGGAAGCGGUGGUAGCCGUGGACCGCACAACGGACAGAGAGACGGACGAGUUUCUGCCACAGAAGCGUUCGCGAGUGUAUGGCAUUGCCACGACCCCAACUCAAUGCCCACAAGGUAAGCCUCCUCACACUUCCUAGUUCUCUCAAUAGCCUUGGUUUGCAUCCCAAAUGGCACCCUAUAGGCUCUGGUCAAAAUAAGUACACUAUAAAGGGAAUAGGGUGCCAUUUGGGACGUUGUCUAGGUCAGUGGUCACCAACCUUUUCUGAGUCAAGAUCACUUUUGUAGUCAAAAAGGAAGCCGAGAUCUGCCGCUCAGAUAAAAAAAAAAAAAACGUGACUUAAAAAAUGUUACAUUAACCUAAUAAAAACAGUUCUGUAGGAAUGAGGUUUGUGCAGUAGGCCUAAUACAUUAUCAAAGCAUAUUGGCUAUAUGCUUGGCCUGCCAAUAUUGUUAUUCUCUGACCAUAUUAUAUUUCAAAACACGAGCUUUGAUAACAAAAUAGAUCAGUUGGUCUAGCACUUGCGAGGCACAGCUGAGCAUAAAUUGAAAUAAUUUGCUUUUUUAUUUUACUGGACUGAUGGUAGGUACCUGCAUCUGAUGGUCAUAGUGCUUUCAAUACAACUGGGAACUCGGAAAAAACUAGGUCAAAUUAUGACGUCAGUGAACAUCAGGUUGGAAAGUCGGAGCUCUAGAAUGAUGCCGAGUUGGAUGACGGAUCAAAACAAAUUUUCCCCAGUCGGAUCUAGUUUUUUUCAGAGUUCCCAGUUGUCGUGAACGCACUGAAGUCGGAAGUCUGAGAUUUCCGAGUUCCCAGUUGUUUUGAACACAGCAUUAGUCUCAGUGGAGGGAGGGAGAGAGCAGCAGAGGGUCUGCCUCUCACGGUCACUGCUCUCUCUUUUCUUUCCUCCGGUGAGGCUGUCCAGAGAGCGGGGACACAGUCUUCCAGCUGAUGGCGAAACUAGAGUCACCUCAGGCACAAAUUCAUCUUGUUCCCAUGACCAGAGAAAGUGAAAUAUUAUUCGAUAUUAAAAUAGACACGACAAGCUGCUAAUAAUAAUAAAAACGCAGGGCUAUCGAUACACUUGGCUACUCAUUCAUUGCAGCUGCAAAGCGAGUGGAAGUAGAGAAAAACGCAUUUUAUGUUUUGUAAUAGUGUUGAAUAAAAACUGUUGACAGUGCUGAAUAAAACUUAGACAUGAACUCACUCAUAAAAACAGCAGCGAUUUUCUGUAUUCUUUAACAGUUUCAGACAUGGUUUUAAAAGUUAUGAAAUCUCUUAUAGGCUAGUAUCAACCUUUGCUGUGUCCGGGGUUGUGGAAGCUGUAGGUAGGCACGGUGAAUUGAGCUAUCCAAUUUAGGCAAAGAUCUCCUGGUCCGCCGGGUAGGCAGAGUUGAUCUUUUCAGACAAAUUAAAUGGUUCAAACUGGUGCGCAGGGCUUCUAAAUCAUGUGCACCAACAGCCAACACAAAACAAAGGGACCGCAAUCCUUUAUGCAUUUAUCUUCGGUUUUUCUACAGAAUGUUUGGUGAUCGACUAAGAAUGCCUUGAAGAUCGACCGGUUGGUGACCACUGGUCUAGGUCUAUACAAUAAACACAUACUUAUGUGUUCUGAAUGUAUGUCCAAUUCUAUUCCUGUAUUGACAGGGAAUUGAUCCCAACUCUAAUGGUUGUGGUUCUAGACUAGUUAUAUAGCACUGAAGCAGAAUCAGUGAAGUUGGAUACAUAGCUUUAAAUACACAGCUGUACAAGGGUACAGCUGAGAGUCUCAUAAUCGUAAUGUUACAGCUGGCUAUGCAGAGAUUCACUUUACUCAGCAACCUCCGAUUUUCCCAACCCCCCCUUCCUACAUAUAUAUCCUCACAUUGUCUGGAUGCAAUUACUCGGGUCUGGUGGAAUGUGCACCGCCUGCCAUAUUCGUACAUCUGCGCUCCCGCUGGAUUUAUCUGGUCUGGUCCAAUCCACCAUGGGGGGCUGUUCUUAUUUUGUGUACAGUAUGAGUAGUACAGUAAGUACUUAUAGUAUAGAUAGUCGGCUGUGUGCAGUAGAUCGCCUGUUGAGUGUCGACGAACGGUGGCCAUUCAACAUGCAGAAUUGUCGGGAAAUGAACAGAAAAUGACAGCCGAUGUUGUGUGAUCAAAGGCUUUAGGACAGCCAACCGUCGGCCAACUGCUUUUAACCAUUCAUCAAGACAGUCUGUUUUCAUUUGGAUUCAAGGUGUUUUAGGUUUAAACAUACAGCAGUCCCUGCCUUACAUUAAAGCUAAUGUAGAGGUACAAAUGGUUUGAUUGGACUGUACUUAGCCCUGUGAAAGACUCUCUCAGGGCUCUAUUUAAUCCGUAUCGCGGAAGUUCAGCGUUACAGUGUGAUUGAAAUUUAAAGGCAAUGUUCCCACGUUAGCGGAGACUGCAUUCUGUAACGCUUCAGCUAAAUUGUUAAUUAAUGGUACCCAAACUAUUUGCACUGACUCUACGCACUAUAUAUACACACCCACACACACUACACUGUCACUCCCACACAUUCAAACACUACAUAUGCACACAUACACAACACUUGCUGCUGCUACUGUUCUUUAUCUGACUCUGAUUAUUAUCUAUCAGGAUGCCUAGACACUUUACCCUGCCUUCAUGUACAUAAUUACCUCAAACCUCUGCACAUUGAUCUGGCACUGGUACUCCCUGUAUAUAGCUCCAUUCUUGUGUAUUUUAUUUAAUUCCUUGUGUAAGUUACUAUUUCAUAUUUGAUUAUAUUUUUUAAAACUCUGCAUCGUUGGGAAAGGUUUGUAAGCAAGCAUUUCACUGUAAAGUCAUGUGAUAAAUACAAUUUGAUUUGAUUGAAUCCCUCAGUCUGGUUUACGUUACUGCAGAACCAAGACCGCAGAUCCAAUUUUAGAUAUAUGAACAGCGUAGAUCUGUCCUGACUGUCUUUUUCAAAGUACUCUGGGAGCCUGAAUCCCUCCCAAAGCAUACAGUGAAUGUUUUUUGGGUGUGUGAAAUGUCCCAUGUUAUCAAUUAAACACUUUUUAGUGUAAGAGUAUGUAGCUGUGUAUUACAUUUUACAUUUUAGUCAUUUAGCAGACGCUCUUAUCCAGAGCGACUUACAGUUAGUGAGUGUAUACAUUUUUCAUACUGGCCCCCCAUGGGAAUCGAUCCCACAACCCUGGCGUUGCAAGCGCCAUGCUCUACCAACUGAGCUACAGGAGGGCCUGUAUGUUGUUAUAGCACUGAAUAUCCCUACUACUGCUUUUGGUGGGGUUUGCUCUUAUUCUUAUUCAGAUCAUAUGAAAAACAUUUUAUUUGAUUUCAAAGUACAAUUGUGCCAAAUGACUAGAAACUCCUGUAAAUGAUGGUAAUGUUAUCCAAAUGUCUCCCGCAGCAUAUAACUACUGCUCGAACAACGGAGGCUGUUCACACCUUUGUCUACCUCGCCGCGGCGGCUUCACGUGCCGGUGUCCAGACGUGGUGGACGGAAGCUGUGUGGAGAGGAACUUGUAAGGACGGAAGAAAGAACAGUAGAUUCUCCUGCUAACUGCACAAAGGGGUUGUGACACGUGUGCCUUCCAACUUCCUCUUUAAAGGAAGAAUGAUAAGCUGCAUCCGGCUGGGGGUUACUCUGUGGCCAAAUCCAUUCAGAUUGCUAGGCCUCUACUGCUCAGUUCCCCUCUGGCAGAUCUGAGAGGAUUGGGUAGUUUGUAAAGAUAUGAUGGUGAUCUCUACUGUAGUUCUCUGGUUGGUUAGGUGGAGUUGUUAUCCUAUCGCUUACACAUCUAGUCCUUUGACCUUGUUACUGUUACGGUGUGUAUUAGAAACCUCCCAAAUUAUUUUGCUGAUUUCUGAUACAUUUGAAAAAAAGUAACAUUUUAUUUUUUUGUAUUGUAAAUAAAUACCUGAAAUAUAGACGUAUUAUCUGAAGUACAGGUUUCCAGUGGUGCUCUUGAUGACCAGUUAUAGCUGAUUAUUACUGUGAAGGUGUACAGGUUGUUGGGCAUAACGCCAGGUUGUUGGUGUUUGGUAGCCACAAGCCCACCUGGAGAGAGGUUGGCCCAGCGCCUUUUGAUGACCUCAUUCUCCCCAUAAGAGGGUUGACAGCCCACCAUAGGAGUUUUACAUAAGGUUAAUGCAUGUACUGUGUGUGCAGCUGUGCGGUGACAGAGAAAAAACAAGAACAUUUACAUUCUGUACAGCUGUCCUAUUAAACUUUUUUUUUUACAAGUUUGGUGUACAUUGUGUCUUAU